GAAGAGAGAGAGAUGUUCUUGGAUGUAGCUUGUUUUCUCAUUGGAGAAAAGAAAAGCAAGGCUGUAGCAGUGUGGGAUGGAUCGGGUUGGAGUGGCCUGCAUGGUAUAGAAACACUCCUGAAUAAGUGUCUUGUGGAGCUGUUCGAUGGGGACAAAAGAAUAAGGAUGCAUGAUCACCUUAGGGAUAUAGGAAGAGAGAUUGCAAGCAGACACUCACCAUAUCGGGUAUGGUUUACAGAGCAGAUUGUUAACAUGAAGAAACAUUCCAUGAAAAUAAAGUUGCUUCGAGGGAUACAACCUGCGGAUUCUUUUGUGGCAUUCAAAGAGUACAGACUUCAGUUCAUGGGAAUAUCAAGAAGAUCAUCUAAACGCCUUAGAUUCUCCAAUGGAUUGCAAAUUCUUUCUGUCAAAGGAAAUGAGUUUACAGAAGAAUUUGCACCAUUAUCAGAAGAUCUUGUGUGGCUUCGCUGGGAAGGUUUUCCCUUAAGGAGUCUCCCAUCAUGGCUUACAUUAAAAAAUUUAAGUGUUUUAGAGCUUCAUAAAGCUGAUGAGUUGGAAGAACUGUGGAAGGACAAUGUAGAACCUCCUUUGCAAUUGAGAGAGCUUAUUUUACUGGGUUGCCAAAAAUUGCAAUGGCUUCCAAGCUCAAUAAGAAGUCUUCAGUAUCUGAAAAGGCUUGUCGUUUACUUUCAUGGUAGCAGUUUGCCAGAAGAGCUCUGUGACCUCCAAUCACUGGAGUAUGUGCGAUUAUAUUCUCCAGUGCUAUCAUCGCUACCUACUGCUUUUGGCAAUUUAAUAAGUUUGAAGAAAAUAGAACUGCGGAAUUGUGAGCAGUUGAAUAUUUUGCCUGAUUCUUUCAAUCAGCUGAUACACCUGAAAGAUCUAAAUAUGAUAAGUUGUCAAAUGCUAUCUUCACUACCUAUUGAUUUUGGCAAUUUAAUAAGCUUGUGGAAUGUAGAUUUGUGGUAUUGCAAACAGCUGAGCACAUUGCCUGAUUCUUUCAGUCAGCUGAUACACCUACAAGUUUUAAAUUUAACAGGUUGUGAAAUGCUCUGUUCACUACCUGUUGGUUUUGGCAAUUUAACAAGCUUGCGGAAUGUAAGUCUGGGGAACUGCAAAAAGUUGAGCACCUUGCCUGAUUCUUUUAGUCAACUGAUAUACCUGGAAUUUCUAAAUUUAUCAGGUUGUGAAAUGCUAUCUUCAUUACCUGUUAGCUUUGGCAAUCUAAUAAGAUUGCAGAGUAUAAAUAUUGGCUCUUGCAUCCAGUUGAACACAUUGCCAGAUUCUUUCAAGCAGCUAACAAACCUGAUGUCUUUAAAUUUGUCAAAUUGUAAAAUGCUUUUUUCACUACCUACUGGUUUUGGCAAUUUAAUUUGCUUGCAGAAUAUAAAUCUGAAAUCUUGCAUCCAGUUGAGAACAUUACCAGAUUCUUUCAAACAGUUGAUAAACCUAGAAGAUCUAAAUUUGUCAGGCUGUGCAAAGCUUGAAUUGAGAUCAGAUAUCAUGGAAAACAUCAGGAAGCUCAAGGUUUUGAACCUUAGUGAUUGCAAGGAAUUGGAAGAUUUACCUCAUCAAAUCAUAUAUCAGGAGUCAUUGACUAAAUUAUAUCUACAAGGUUGUAUCAAGUUAAGAGCUGUACCGACAAACAUCAGCAAACUGAGCAAGUUAGAUUUGCUAACAAUUGAGACUCUGGUAUGGAAAAGCUUUCAAACUUCUCUUGUAAACUCAUCCUCUUUGAAGAGCAUUGAAAUUUUAAGUUCCGGAAGUAAAAUUGAUUCUAAUGCCAGGGCUGCUUCCUCACUUAAAACGCUAAAGGAACCUGACAUCGAAGACUGCAAACAAUUCUCCACGAUAUCAAUUUCCAAUGAGACUUUUCCCAUCCUUGAAACGUUCGUGGUUAGGAUGAAUCACUACUUCGUGGAGAUAGAGACGCUGCCAGUGUCGCUCAAAAUUCUAGAAAUAUACUCUUGCAAUUUGCUGAAGAACAUCACGUGUAUUAAAGAUCUGGUAAACCUUGAGGUUCUGACAAUAUGCGAUUGUCUGCAGAUAGAAGAACUUUCAAGCUUUGCUGAUUUGGUUUCACUAAAAGAAUUUAGAAUAAGAAAUUGCCCCAAAAUUGAGAAAAUGGAAGGUUUGGAGCACUCAAAGUCAUUGAAGGUACUGAUCGUGCAAACCUGCUGGAAGGUGCCAGGUAUACAGAGUUUAGAGAAAGUGGAACGAUUGGAAGAACUGGAGCUCAAAUGUGACACCAUAUCAGCUCUGAAACCUUGUAUUCAGUCUAUACAGGGUUGUCCAAGGAAGAUCUGGAUACAAGGCAGAGUGAUCCGGCUGGUGAAGCCAAUUGUAAACUCUUUGGAAUUUCCUGAUCUGGCGGUUAGGGAGGUGGAGGAGCUACCUGAUGUAGACAAGAUUCUAGAUGAGUGUGAUUUCAAUGCUCUUUUGUGCUAUGCUGAGGAGAUUGAUGAGGAGAGAAAAGUGGUACAUAUAUAUGUGGUAAAUACAUGUCCAUAUGACUAUCAAAAGAACUUAGCCAAAAGUUUCUUCCGCAUAAUUGAAGGAAACUUGCAAGGAAAGAAAGCAAUGCUAGUGAUGGGCAAAGAAGGAAGAGUUGUGGAGGCCUUUUACCAAUUAUUGGAAUUCCUGGAAGGGUAGGCUUAUUUUACAUACUCUUAGUCUUGUCUGUUCAGGUGGCACAUGUGAGGUCCCCUUAAUCCAUUCCUUUUGCCAAUGCCUGUUUCUACUCACCUAAGUCAUCUCGCUAACCAUUACAUUCACCAGUUAGCCGCCUAGCUCCCACGCAUACA